AUGAAACUUCAGUUAUCAGCUUCGACAAAUACCAAAGUGAUUGAGCUAUGUGGACGGCAAAGCCCAGAAAAACUCACUAUUACACGGUCAAAUAUCCCUUCGGAGAGGCUGGAACUCGAAAUUUCGGAAGAUAUCCAUCUAGAAGAAAACGUUUUGACAGUUUUGGUUGAUCGUUUGUUGUCGUCACCAAUACCAAAAGUAACCAGCACUGCUGAUAGUUUUACUGUGGGGAUACCUACUGCCGCGACCGAAGCAACCAUUGCUGUGUGGUCGGGUUUCAGCAAACUUCAAAUCUACCGGCCUUUUACCCAUCAUGUAACGCUCCCACGGGAAAAAUGCGCCACCUAUGGUGUCCAGUUGCAGAUCAAAUCAUUAAGAUACGGUACACCAAGUUCUCUGCUUGAAGUUGUUCCAGAUGAUACAGGCAGGCCGGGACGACCGCAACUUUUGACGAGCAUGCCAGUGGGAGACCACCUAAUUAAGGUAAAGUGGAAUGAACCAAUGAACCGAAUGUCGUGUCCCCACAAGUAUGUGGUGAAACAAACCUCUAGCAGGGGAAUUGAAGCAGCGGUCGUUCACAUCCCGGCAACCGAACCUCUAGUACUAACCCUCCAAAAUAGAGGGAGACAUAUUUCAAGUUUAUCCACGUUGCUGACUGUGGAAAAUGGUGUGCGAAAGCAGUUCACAAUCAUUGGCUUUUCCAGCACUUGUGAUGAGGUGGUACAAAUAUGGAAGGUCAUACAAGAGUCCAAAACAGUUUACCUCACCCUACUUCCCUGCGCACUUUGUGACGCAGCAAAAGAAAAUAAUCUACCCGUAAGUUUCGGUUUGGGAGUAACUUAA